CCGGAAGCAAAAGAGCACUCAAAACCCUGAAAAUGGCGACUCGUGUUCUUCUGCGCUCUCUCAUUUCCACCGCCAAUCAAACCCUAAUCACUCGCUUCUACACCACCACCUCCUCCCCCGUCCUCCGCAUCCGUCCUCUUGUCGCUGCCGCCAACAAUCUUCGCCAUUGCUCACUUGUUGCUACCAGGAGCCGUGCUUUUUCGACUCGUCAGACCACAUCUUCUCUAAAUGAUUCGAAUCCUAACUGGUCUAAUCGUCCACCUAAGGAGACUAUCCUUCUUGAUGGCUGCGAUUUUGAACAUUGGCUUGUUGUGGUGGAGAAACCCGAAGGUGAGCCUACUAGAGAUGAGAUCAUUGAUUCGUAUAUCAACACCUUAGCCAAGGUUGUCGGAAGCUACGAUGAAGCAAGGAUGAAAAUCUAUUCAGUCUCGACUAGAUGUUAUUAUGCUUUUGGAGCUCUUGUGUCUGAAGAAGACUCCUACAAGAUAAAAGAGUUACCUGGUGUUCGGUGGGUGCUGCCUGAUUCUUAUUUGGAUGUUAAGAACAAAGAUUAUGGAGGGGAACCGUUUAUUGAUGGGAAGGCUGUUCCGUAUGAUCCAAAGUACCACGAGGAGUGGAUCAGAAACAACGCCCGGGCAAAUGAGAGGAAUAGACGAAAUGACAGGCCUCGGAACUUUGAUAGGUCAAGAAACUUUGAGAGGAGAAGAGAAAACAUGCAGAGUAACCGUCCAUCGCCUGGUGGUGCCAUGGGAGGACCUCCGAAUAACAUGGGUGGACCGCCUAAUGCAGGUGGUGCACCAUCUGGAAACAUGGGUGGACCGCCUAACGCAGGUGGUGCACCAUCUGGAAACAUGGGUGGACCGCCUAACGCAGGUGGUGCACCAUCUGGCAACAUGGGUGGAAUGCAACAAGGUGGUGGUCACCCUAACUGGGGUGCUCCUCGUCCAAGCUACAAUGCAGGCUCACCGAACAUGGGUGGUGGGAUGCCGCCAUCAAACAUGGGUGGUGGGAUGCCGCCACCAAACAUGGGAGGAGGGAUGCCGCCACCAAACAUGGGAGGAGGGAUGCGGCCACCAAACGUGGGUGGUGGGAUGCCGCCGCCACCACCACAAAACAUGGGUAAUGUUCCGAAUUAUCAGCAGCAGGCUACGUAUGGACCAAAUGGCGGAGGUAUGGCUUAUCAAUCUGGACCAGGGCCAAAUGGUUAUGGUCAAAAUGUAGGUGGUGGAAACCCUUACCAGAAUCACGACAUGCCUGGAAGAGAUAUGCCGACGACUCCACCAAACUAUCGGUGAUAAUAUAAUAGAGAUAUCGGAGGCUAAAUUUAUUCUAUGCUAAUUAAUGUAGCGCGGUUGAUUCUUGUUUUCGCUCAUAAGAGUUAGUUUUAUCAAAGGUUAUUCUUGUUUACUUGUAUUUUCUUGUGAUUACAAUCAUGUGUGCAUGGCCUUUAUACGAUGCGUUAUUUAGCUAAA